AUGACCAGUGUUAAGGCAAUAGGAGUUUUAUGCUUCCUAGUCUUUGUGGUCCUCUCUUCAUAUCCACACCAUGCACAAGAAGAUCACUGCGCCACGGAUAAAAGUAAGGUGAUGAGGGAAUGCUGGAGGAACAUUGGGAAGAAUGUCGGCGAACACCCCCUUCUACACGGGAGCGUGUGUUGCCAGGUGAUAAGGGCAGCAACAGACAUCCACUGCGUCUAUGAUAAAUUCACAGCUCAUGAACUGGCUAGGAUCAGUCUAGCCAAGUUUGCCAUGGCUACACAUGUAUGCGGCAAUGGGUUGCAUGCACACACUCACUGUGCAGGUUACACAGUUCCUGUUAUAACGCUACCUGCAACCCCACCUCCGGGCAGUACCUAG